AUGCGGUAUGAGAUGCUCGAAGUGCUGGGAGCCGAGAAGCCAGAGCAGCUGAUAACACAAAUCGUCGCCUUGGAAAGAGAGAGCGAGCCACGACAGAGAAUGCUCGCAAUGGUUGAGGCAUUCCGCACCAAGGCACAAGAUCAACAGCGUGAGAAGGAGUUGGCACAACGGCUGAAACGACGGUCGCUGACUCGCACCUCUUUCUCAUCAGCUUCUUUGACGGCGUUUGCUGCACGCCGUUUCAGUUCAGCUGUAUCGAUGCGAGGGAGCACGCGCUUGUCUGCAAUGGGCAGCUCAGUCCUUUCCUUUGGAAGUGGUGAGCUUGGGAAGAAGAUGUCAGGCCCGUGGAGCAUCGACGAUUUAGAAGCCAAGCUGGUGGAGCAAGACGAAAAACAGAAAGAUUUGCGAGCAGACGCAUUUUUGGCAGUGUUUGCCAAAGAGUCACAGGAGCCUGGGUCAGACGCAGGGGCCAAAGACAGCCCUGCAAGACGAUUCAGCUUCAGUGGCCAUCCUUCGUCUGAUGUUCCUGUCUUGGCCGGCUUGUCUGUUCAAGAAAUCAUGCGCGCCCACACAGAGCCUCUGGCGAGACUACCGGGCUGCACUCUGUUGGCCGAGCUGCAGAGCAGCAUCGAUGCAGACGCAAGCAUAGACAGUGAAAGCGCUGGCGACUGUGCAUCGCUUGGAAUGCGCUUACUUCAAGUUUCCUACGGCUAUCACGGAAUUCCAUUGGAUUCUGCAAAGCCGCAGCCUCAGAAUAUUCUUCGCAGGGGUCAGUCGCAGUUGGAAGCUCCAUUACAGCACAAGAAUGCUUGGAAACUGCUUCCUGUCCGAAAGCCGCUGUUAACCAAGCGAUCACGCAGGUGCAAGUUGGUUUGCAAGCCUGCAGGCGAAUCUGAGGCAGCGAAGAUUUGUAAAGGAUUGGUUGUGAAACCGAAAAUCAACCCGUGUGCAAAUCCACCGUUUCAGAAGAACAGCGUGGCUUCCGGCAUUCUUCCACGCAUCAUUCCCUGGAGUUGUGGACCUGGACACGGCGACGGCGACACGAGCCUGGUUUUCAUCAUGGUAAAUCCUAUGGACACGGAUGUUGAAAUUGAUUUCGAUCCCAUGGCAUUUAACAGAGAAGCCACGAAUCUUAAGGAGACUUUUGCCACGAAGCCUUGGCAGGGUUUGCUCGCGGGACAGUCCGUUCAUGUUUCGACGCCGGCAUUUUCGACCAUCAUUGGCAAGUGCCCUGAUGAAGCAUCGAAUGUUUUCGAUGAAGAUGUCAACCAAAAUGCUGGUAAAGACAGGCCCGAAAUAAUUCUGCAGCGGAAGAUGAACAAGAUUUUGGUGCGGCUCUGCUUCCAUAAGAAGCAGGCUACCACGACUUGGGAAUUUUUCGCGUACUUGAAGAUCAAGUUUCAGGUUUCGUUUAGUGACACUGACACGAAAAGUCACGAGGUAGAGCUUGUCCUGCGCUUCGGGCCAGAGUGUCUGGAAGAUUUGGAGCAACAAGGUCACAAAUGCAUCAGGAUUGCCAACAUGCCUUCACGGGAAAAAGGUUCAGACGAUUGCCUGGUCAAUAUCGUGAGGAAAGUUGUCGGGCCUGAUGGGGUUCUCGUUUGGGACGGGGACGAAUUCUCGGAGGACAGCUUCACUCGAAUUUUGGACCAGGCUUUGGCGACUAGCAAGAUUCCUGCGGUGGCGUUCUAUUGGUCAAGUCGCGAAGCUGCUUUCCGAAGCUCAUGGCAGCACCGUGCCGACAGAUUCUGCGGUGGCCUGCAUUUGGUUCUUCUGGAAGAUCCGCCAGGACUUUCGGCGGGCAGUGAUGACAGCUGGGUACAGCUCGGCCUUGAUGCGCUGCGCCUGACACGAGCAGAGACGGUGCUUUCGUUGGGGGGUGGAGGCGUUGUGGCCAAGGAGGCUGCUGAAUGCAACCGACAUGAGCAGCUGAAGCUGGUGCACUGGUAUUUGGUUCGUAUUCCUAGGUUGAGCGAAGACUUGACUGAUUUCGGAGCCCUCUACGAGCAACUUCAGUCGGAGGGCUCGUUCAAUAUGGAGCUGGUUCCAAUUCCGAGCUAA